UCAAAACUGUUAAAUUCAGAUUUUAUGUAUUUGUAUGUAUUUUCAACUCCUGAAGUUGAAACUUCGUUGGUGAUUUCAUUUAUUUUCGAGUAAAAUCAAUUAGGGUUGGUACUGGACUAGCGAAUUUAGCUUAUGUUUGACUCUAAAAUAUUCGAUAUGUUGAUUACAAUAAUUGUGUUUACUUUGGUGGGUGUUUCUGAUUCUGAUGGUGUAAUGAUGUUUGUCAAAGCAAAAAAAAGUUGUAAGGAUGACAGAUAUGUUGAGAUUGAGAAAAUCAAAGGACCUGUUCCAGAUAAGAACGGGUGUAUACCAGAUUGUGACAGCAAGAUAUUCUGCAUCGGCAAAGAUGACGAUGGGCAAACCACACUUCUACAUGAUAUACAGACAAGUGGUUUGUACUACGAUAGUACCGCAUUCCUCAAGCAUAGAAUGAAGUAUUCGGAAGCUGAAAUUUUGAAGAACUACAACGAAGCAAAAAUGAAUGCCACGAAUAAUCAUUUAAGUAAUGAAGAGCUCAAGAAGUUCAUCGAUGAUAACUUUGUAGAUGGAAGGAUAGAUUCGCAGUCAAACGUAAUCUUGACUGAUUUCCAUGAUAAUCCUCCCAUCCUCCAGCAAGUCAAUACUACCGAAUUUCACGAAUGGCUCUCAUAUAUGAAUCGUUUCUGGAGAGAUUUAUCAAGAAAACUAUUGCCUGCAAUCAAAGAGGAAGAAAAAUCAAUCGAAACCAUGCGUUCUUCUUACAUCUAUGUGCCGCACACAUUUAUUGUAGCUGGUGGUAGAUUCGAUGAAAUGUAUUACUGGGAUUCGUAUUGGAUCAUAAAAGGAUUGUUAGCAUGUGGAAUGCGAAAUACUACGAAAGGAAUUAUUGGAAACAUGAUUCAUUUGGUCAAGAAAUUCGGCUAUGUACCAAAUGGAAAUAGGAUUUACUAUUCAAAAAGAUCACAUCCACCUAUGCUCAUACAAAUGGUAGACUCCUAUUACCAAGCAACAAACGAUGAAUGUAUAAUCAAAGAAAAUUUGCGGUAUUUGGAAGCAGAAUUUGAUUGGUGGUUGAAAAAUCGAAACGUGACAGUUAAAAUAGACGGAAGAACGUACUAUUUGUUUCGAUACAAUGCUCUUAGCUGCUUUCCUCGUCCCGAAUCUUAUAAAGAAGAUCUCGACCUUGUAAACUAUUUAGCUGAAGAUCUGGAGACAACAAAGUCGAUUUAUACUGGAACAAGAUCAGCGCUAGAAUCAGGAUGGGAAUUUUCUAGUAGACAUAUGAGAAAUCCAAAAAACGCUCAAAGGAUGCCAGAUGGCUUGAGGGAUAUGAAUCCUCGUCAGUUCGCCUAUGUGGAUCUGAUUAGCAUUAUGUAUUCUAACGCAAAGAGAUUAUCUGAGUGGGAACGUAACUUUGCUGAAAAUAAUGCAAAAGCAGAUGAAUAUGACGAGUGGGCCAGCAAAUUUUUGGAUGCAAUAGAAAACGUAUUAUGGAAUGAGGAAGAAGGGAUGUGGUUAGAUUACGAUAUACUUUCAAAAAAAAACAGAAAGUACUUCUACGCCAGUAAUUUUGUUCCAUUGUGGAGUAAAGCGUACAAAAAUAAUCACACCAAAGUACAACUUGCAUUAAAAUACCUCGAAAAAAACCAAAUGAUACAUUCAAACUUGGAAAAUUCAUAUUGUGGAAUUCCAACAAGUGGCGUGGACCAAGCGAGUUCAUUACAAACGUGGGAUUACCCAAGUGUUAUGGCUCCUUUACAAUCUUUCAUCAUUCGAGGAUUGAAAGAAAGCAAUGAUCCAACAGCUGAGAAAGUUGCUUACCACUUGGCAACUUCUUUUAUGAAAACAGCAUACGCAGCGUACUUGAAUGAUGGAGUAAUGUAUGAAAAAUAUGAUGCUUCAGUCUGUGGUAAAAAAGGAGAAAAAGGAGAAUAUCCUUGUCAGAUUGGCUUUGGUUGGACAAAUGGCGUUAUCUUCGAAUUAUUCAGCUUGUGGAAUUGUUUCCCUUUGUCGCCUAAUAUUAGAUGUCCAAGUGCACCAGAGAUCUAAUUCUGUUUAAAACGUUUGAUGCGUUCUACUGACUUCUUUUACUUCCAUACAUACGAGUACACAUAAAUGAUAUUCUUAAUGCGUGUCUUAAAUAUACUUAAUAUAAUAUUUACCUACCUACAUAUCCUUAGCUUAGGUCUAGAUAUUUGGGAAUGAAUAUUUAGACAAGACUUAUUUUCCAAAUAUACCUACAUAAAUACAUA